CAGUCCUGCUCCCCAAACCAUGAGCGUCCUCCAGCUCCUCCUCUUGAGCAGCGCUUGGUGCUUGGCGCCAGCGACUCUGAUAGUGGAGACGACUUGUUCAGGGAAUGUUUCUCUGCCCUGUACAGCCCCCUGGCACCCUCAGACUCCAUACACGACGAUCGUCUGGGAGAAGAUUAAUGCACGAGGCGGAGAACUGACCAAGAUACUGGGGGUAAACCAAAGCCUUAGUGAACAUUUCCAUUAUGAGAAAGAGAUAAAUGGCUCAUUAGAGGCCUGUCCUCCGGAAAAGUGUUCCUUGAAGAUCAGAAAUAUCACCUGCCAGAAUGCUGGGAUUUACAGAUGUACUUUGCAGGCACCAGGAGAAGAAAACAGUCCAAGUGACAUAGUUUUCCUGAAAGUGGCAGGCUGCACCAUGGAGCAUGAAGAUGACAAGUUUAAGAAAUACCGAGCUGAAGUUCUCUUACUGUUGGUUCUUGCAAUGUUCUAUGUAUUUCUCAUCGUUUUUACCUGUAAAUUUGCAAAGCUACAGAGCAUAUUUCCUGAUAUCAACAAACAAGGCAUGGAACGAACUUUCCUCCAUGUCCCCUUCCCAAAUAAGAAAAGCACUCACCAGAUGGUCCCAGCAACAGUUCAGAAGACAGACUUGGUCUGA